UCUUUGGACAGUUAACCCAUUAGGUAGUUCAUUGUUACUGUAAGGAAUUUACACCAGUGUUCACAAUUAUAUAUUGCAUCAUGAUAUUGUUUUUAAAAUUAAUGAUUCUUUUUUUAGGACAUGUUCGUCAUUGUAAGUAUUAACUAUAGAUUUCCUUUUCAGGAAGUGUUUGCUUGCAAUACAUUUAGAGAGCAAUGUUAUGUAUUUCAUUAUCAAAUCAUUUUAAAUGAACAUGCUUUAUAAAAUAGUUUAGAAUUGCCCAUGUCACAAUGAAGUAAACUUCUUGUUCUCAGCAAACCAGUAUAUGGGCUAUUUUGUUAUUCUUUAACAUAAUGUUCUUGAGUAUUUUCCAGGGGUAAAGACCCACAUUUACCAGAAACAGAAGAUUCGAUUGCCCUUUUUCCGGACGUCAUUGUCAACGAGAGGCAAAGCUUCACUCUGCGCUAACGGUGAUGCUGUUACACAUUGGACCAGUCGCUGUUAUACAGCCUUGUUGUCAUCGCCUUCACAGACGCUGCUUAUUGGAGUCGGAAUGCGAACUAGGAUAUCAGCAGAUGAGCGAUAAGCGAGGCAAGGAACAAAUCGGAGUUUUACUACCUGCCAUAUCCCGAUUUAUUCUAUCUCUUCUUGGCUAAUAGCAACACAGCCAGCAUUUCGACACUGCAAUGAGCGUUUCGCUGUCAACCGAUUAUCGUCAACUUCGCAUACGGAUAAAAUAAAACUGUCAGGAAAUAUGUGUUAUCAAUUAGUUAUUCUGUCAGCUACCUAUUAUAAGGUUAAGUCGAUUAAUAAUAGGCACACUCGAAAAAAUAAUAUCGCCGUGUAGUCUUAAUGAAAUACUGUACAAAUCGUGGUUGAAAAAUACGACAAUUUCCAAUGGAUUUAAAAUGUGUUUGUGGGCGCAAUAAUUAAGUGAAGAUUUAAAAGGGAAAAAAAUAUGUGCAUGAACAUUAAUUGAUACUGAUGAAAAAAAUGUCGAGAUUGUUCCCGCUGUAUAUAUUUCUCUAUCUUUCUGUAAUUUGUGUGUGUAACGUAAUAAAGAUGGGAUACAUCACGGGCUCGGAGAAGCUUGCUGGUACGUUAUACCGUCGCCCGGGCCAGCAGAUCUCGGGUGCGCUCACCAUGGCGCUUGCGGAGAUCAACAACGACACGAGCGUCCUGGUGGAUCACACGCUGGACUUCACCAUCGUCGAGACUUACGGCGAUGAGUUGGAGAGCUUGAAGGGCACAGUGCUGCUUAUCAGUCAGAACAUAUCAGUCUACAUAGGGCCGCAGGAGACAUGCAUUCACGAGGCUAAGGUUGCCGCGGCCUUCAAUAUACCAAUGAUAUCGUAUUUCUGCUCUGAAGUGGACGUCAGCAACAGUGAUAAGUAUCCCACCUUUGCGCGGACAAAACCCACUGACUCACAGAUCUCGAGGAGUGUGGUGUCAAUAUUGAAAAAAUUCGACUGGGACAAAAUAACAUUCGUACACACAGACGAACUGGAACUUGAGCACACAGCAGGGACAAUAUUUGAGCUGUUGCAGAAUAAUGGGAUUGAAGUGACAUUUAGGAAGACGUACAAAGGACCAUACUUUCACGAACAUACGGUGAACCCUUUUAUUCGGAUCGUACAAGAGACUUACGUGGAUACAAGAAUAUACGUUAUGCUGGGUCAGUCGUACGAGUUUGUCGGCCUGAUGGAUCAUAUGUACGACAGAGGACUGCUGGAGACUGGCGAGUACUUUGUUGUCGGCGUUCACAUAGGCCAGUAUGACCCACAUGACGCUCAGCUUUACUUCAGAGGCAUAUUCGGCGAGAAGGACGUACGGGGUGUAACACAGGAAGCCUUCAAGUAUUUCAUCGGCGUUGUUCAUUCUCCACCCGUAUAUCCGGAAUACGAUACAUUCAAGAGGGUAGUCAACCGCUACCUAGAGUUGCCGCCUUUCAAUUUCACUAAUCACUAUAGGGAUUACGGAGGACUUAAAAAGCUAAAGCCGGAGACGGCCUAUCUGUACGACGCCGUGUGGUUGUACGCUAAGGCUGUGAACGAGUGCCUAGCCGAGGGUCUGAACUACACCGAUGGGCGACUGAUCAUUAGCAAGAUUAAGGGGAAGUCAUACAAAAGUGCAAUGGGCUACAUUUUGCGAAUCAACCAUCUAGGUGACUCGGAGGGCAACUAUUCCUUGGUUGCUAGGGAUAUUUUGAGAGACGACAGCACGCGCGAAGCAUUAGCCCAGAACACAACCCAGUAUGGAAUCUAUCCAGUCGGGGUCUUCAGACUCAACGAAGACGUCUUUGCUCUUCCGACGUACCAUUUCUACGAAGGACGAUCAAUACAAUGGCCAAACGGCAAAUCACCAAUAGAUGAGCCGGAGUGUGGAUUCCGAGGGGAAAAAUGUAUCCCAGAAAAAACACACACGAGGGAGAUUUUGUCUGGAGUGGCUGGCGGUCUCGUUCUUAUAGUCUCCAUAGUCGGAUACCUCGUGUACAGAAACUGGAAGUACGAGAACGAGCUAGCAAGUCUUCUCUGGAAACUCGACUACAAGGAUAUCGAUUUCAAAGACCAUUUUGCUGGUACUAUGAGUUCCAAGUGCGGACCGAAAGGGAGAAGGACGGCUGUAGUCAGGGUGAACAGCCAGAUGUCGCUCGUCUCCCAGGGAGAUUUCGAGUUCCGGCAGCUGUUCACCUGCGUUGCAACUUACAAGGGAAUGGUGGUGGCAGUGCGCAAAAUUCGAAAGAAACAUAUUGAACUCACGAGAAACGUUAAAAAGGAACUAAAAGUGAUGCGGGAUCUACGCCACGAGAAUAUCAAUCCGUUCAUCGGAGCAUGCGUAGACACGCCGCAGAUAUUUGUGGUUACCGCCUACUGCUCCAAAGGCAGUCUGCAGGACAUUCUGGAGAACGAAGACAUACAGCUUGACGACAUGUUUAGGGCUUCUCUUGUCUUUGACAUCAUUCGGGGUAUGGCCUAUCUACAUGACAGCGAAGUGCGUUCCCAUGGCAAACUGAAGUCCUCCAACUGCGUUGUGGACAGCCGCUGGGUGCUGAAAAUCACGGACUUUGGUCUGCACGAGUUCCUAGACGGAGAAGACGAAGAGGACGAAGGGGACUUUGCCAAAUAUAGAAAUUUGCUGUGGAAAGCCCCCGAGUUACUUCGAAUGGAGAGAAGCCCUCGACGCGGAACACAGGAAGGGGACGUUUACUCGUUCGCAAUCAUUCUGUACGAAAUACACGGCAGAAAGGGACCAUUCGGGGAUUUGGAAUUAUCGCCUACAUGUAUUGUGACACGUGUGACGAGUGGUCGGGGUGACGUCCCAUUUCGGCCACACCUCGGUGACCUGCUUACAACGUCCAAGUUGGUUACCGACGUCAUACGGGACUGCUGGGACGAGGAACCAAGCCGGAGACCCGACUUCAAAACCAUCCGAAGUAGGCUGAAGCCCAUCCAAAAAGGAAUGCGACCAAACAUACUAGACAACAUGAUCUCGAUUAUGGAGAAAUAUGCAAGUAAUCUAGAGGCACUGGUGGAAGAACGGACGGAUCAGCUCAGAGAGGAAAAGAAGAAAACAGAGGAAAUUCUCCUGCAAAUGUUGCCAAAAGCUGUGACAGAGCAGCUCAAGCGCGGGAAAGUUGUCGAGGCAGAACAAUUCGACUGUGUGACCAUCUACUUCUCCGACAUCUGCGGCUUUACUGCCCUGUCCGCAUACAGCACACCAAUGCAGGUUGUCAACCUCCUAAAUGAUAUGUAUACUUUGUUCGAUUCAAUUAUUGAAAACUACGAUGUAUAUAAAGUGGAAACCAUCGGCGACGCUUAUAUGGUGUGUUCAGGGCUGCCAAAACGUAACGGCAUCAAUCACGCAGGUGAAAUUGCUUCGAUGUCGCUGCAUUUGCUAAAAGCGAUAAAACAGUUCAAAAUACGACACCGCCCUGACGACACGAUCAAACUGCGAAUAGGAAUCCACUCUGGCCCUUGCGUGGCCGGUGUUGUGGGGCUGAAGAUGCCCAGAUACUGUCUCUUCGGUGAUACGGUUAACACCGCUAGUCGCAUGGAGAGCAACGGACUUCCAUUGAAGAUACAUUGCUCUGUUCCAUGCAAGAGGUUAUUAGACCUGCUUGGCGGGUAUAUCGUUCGGGAACGCGGAAUCGUUUCGAUGAAGGGUAAAGGCGAAGUUUUGACAUUUUGGCUUCUAGGAGAGAACAAACAAAGGCGACUCACGCGACUGGAAUCUUUGUUGUCGGAUAACGGGACCGGGUUUUUCGCGCAAAAAUCUAAUGACAUAAGUGACGAUGUUAAUGACAAUGGGAUAACAAUUGCGACAACUUCCUCAGUGGUCGAUGAAUUGGACGAUUUAUCGCCGAAGAUCAGUCAUGUCAGCCCAUGUGAAGAGCAUGCGUGGUCGAGAUUUAGAGCAUCAAACUUUGAGCAUGAAAAGCCAAAGCAUAGUGUAUCAAGUGCCAGUGGUUCCCAUGGUGAGCGCAGUAUUGAUAGUAACAGUGGAGACAUUAUAAUAAGUGGUCACGAAACUCAAUAUGAAAAUAACACUUGUUAUGAAACAUCAAACGAUAGCCUGAUGGAAUCAACUCUUUUGCCUUCAAAAGAAAAUCCUGAUUUUUCAGUCCACCAUGUACCACAAAAUCAUUAUGUCGAUUUUCCAUGUAAUGAUCCAUGCAUUACGCAAUCCUCGGACAAUAACAGGGAUUUUAUAGGCUCAAACGGCCAGACAACAAAUGAAACUGCGACCAGUGUCGAUACGUUCUUGGCAAAGAAUCAAACCGAUGUGUGUAUUGAUGUAGAUAACAUCAAUAAUAACGAGGGUCUUCUGUUGAAUGAUCAGUCAGAUUUGUGUAACGGAAUGUAUUCAGUGCGCGAUAAAGACUCGAGGCGCAACAACUUUGACUAUCAAAACCAAAUCGAAAUGACACCCUUACUAGGUGACAUCAAGAGCAACACGGACAUUUGA